GUGGAAGUGUGUGGGAACGACAGCAACUCAGCCACCAAGUGGUCGGCCACGUAAACUGAUGGAGCGGGGUCAGCGGAUGCUGAGGCGCAUAGUGCCAAGAGGUGGCCAAGUUUCUGCAGAGUCAAUCGCUACAGACCUUCAAACUUCAUGUGGCCUUCAGAUUAGCUCAAGAACAGAGCUUCAGCAGAGAGCUUCAUGGAAUGGGUUUUCAUGGAAGAGCAGCUGUAUCCAAGCCGUACUUCACCAAGUGCAAUGGAAAGCGUGGGAUGCAGUGGUGUAAAGCAUGCCACCACUGGACUCUAGAGCAGUGGAGACGCCUUCUCUGGAGUGACCAAUCGCACUUCUCCAUCUGGCAAUCUGAUGGACGAGUCUGGGUUUGACGGUUGCCAGGAGAACUAUACUUGUCGGACUGCAUUGUGUCAAGUGUAAAGUUUGGUGGAGGGGGGAUUAUGGUGUGGGGUUGUUCUUCAGGAGCUGGGCUUGGCCCCUUAGUUCCAGUGAAAGGAACUCUGAAUGCUUCAGCAGACCAAGACAUUUUGGACAAUUCCAUGCUCCCAACUUUGUGGGAACAGUUUGGAGCUGGCCCCUUCCUCUUCCAGCAUGACUGUGCACAAAGCAAGGUCCAUAAAGACAUGGAUGACAGAGUCUGGUGUGGAUGAACUUGACUGGCCUGCACAGAGUCCUGACCUCAACCCGAUAGAACACCUUUGGGAUGAAUUAGAGCGCAGACUGAGAGCCUGGCCUUCUGGUUCAACAUCAGUGUGUGACCUCACAAAUGAGCUUCUGGAAUAAUGGUCAAAAAUUCCCACAAACACACUCCUCAACCUUGUGGACAGCCUUCCCAGAAGAGUUGAAGCUGUUCUAGCUGCAAAGGGAGGACCGACGUCAUAUUGAACCCUAUGGAUUAGGAAUGGGAUGUCACUUAUGUUCAUAUGUGAGUAGAGGCAGGUGAGCUAAUAAUUUUGGCAAUAGAGUGUAUAUUUGCCAUUAUUUUUUGCAGGAGCAUUACUCUAUUCCAUCUUUACUUAACCUAUUUUUUUCUGUUCCCUUGCCGCCAUCCUUUCAGCUUUUUUAUUUGAUUAUUUUUCUGUUACAGUGCACAAAAACACCCCGGCACAUUAUAGACCGUCUAUCCGCCCUCCAUGGCGUCACUGGACGAGGAGAUGACCUGCUCUGUGUGCAGAGACAGCUUCAGCCACGCCCAUCCUCUGCCCUGUGGACACAGCUUCUGUCCCGCCUGCAUCCGCGAGGCCUGGAGCGGCCAGGAGGAAGGUAAAGGUCGCUUCACCUGCCCCCAGUGUCAGGAGGAGCGAGGGGAGGUUCUCUGUGACUGCUGCCCUCCUGAGGCAGAGGAGCUGGCGUUGGCGGUGAAAACCUGCCUGAGGUGUGAGGUGUCUUUGUGCACCCAACACCUGCAGCCUCAUCUGGAGAGACCGGCGUUCAGCACACACCUGUUGGUGGAUCCUCUGGGGGACAUUUCCCAAAGAAGAUGCCCGACGCACGCAGAAAUAUUCCGCUACUACUGUGCCGACGACAGAGCCUACAUCUGUGGAGACUGUCUGCUGGAGGGAAGCCACGCUCAGCACAAAGUGAAGGCUCUGAGACACGUGGAGGAGGAUCUGAAGGUUAUUCUUCAGACGCUGCUCAUCAAAGCGGAGGAGAAGCUGAAAGACGGAGAGCAAAUCCUCAAAGACUACGAGAACGUUGAUUCCACCAUGACUGACUCUCUGAAGCAGGACGACGCUCAGGUGGAGCGGCUGGGUUCAGACCUGCAGGUCCAUGUGAGGAGGCUGGUGGCGGCUCUGAGGGAAGUCACCAAGAAGGAGAGGCAGCAGGUCAUAGAGCGAGUCCACGGAGACUGCUGCAAAGUGAAGGACGACAUGAGCCAGACGCUGAGCAUCCAGCACUACCUGUCCUCACUGCUGGUGGAGACGGACCCCUUCCUGCUCAUCUGGGUGAGACAUGGAGCUGAACAGACACUAGAAAUGGAUAAACAGAUUAUUAUAGAUGUGAGGCUGCAGCUGUUGAUAAUGAUGGCACAACAUUUUCAGAUGUGAAAAUUAACAUAACUCCAGAUAUGUUAAACAGAAUAUGUGCAUCACUUCAGCUCUUUUAGUGAAGCUAUUUCAGCUAAAAUGUUGCUGCAGUCAGGACUGAAACUGUUUAUACCGGUAAUUUUUUUAAAUCUAUUUAUUGGAAUGUUACUGAUUUUGCCAUUUUUAAUUUAAAAUAUAAAUAGCAUCUUGUAAAAUCACAGAAAAAUAGAAGCAUUUACAUGUUCAUGUUAAAAAAGAAACAAAGAGGCCAAAACUGUAAAAUCUGUCAACAUUAAAAAUCUGUGUCGUAUGAAAUGGAAAGUCAUCAUUCCUUAAUGUGUUUGGAAAAUGACACCGCUUUUUUGUUUGUUUGUUUGUUUUUUACAGCUAUUUGCCAUAAUUAAAAUUAUGCAUAUUAAGAACUGGAAAAUCAUACUUUUUUUUUUUUUUACAAAGUGUUAGGUUACAGAUGUUCCCAGUAUUAUUAAACCACACAUAAUAACAUGUUGACAAAUGGCAAAUAAUUUAAAUGGGGGGGGAGGAAACAGAUUAUUUUACAUAUUUACUGUUAUUUGAAAGAAAAAUAUGCAUGUUCAAGAUUGGAAAAAAAAAAUCAUCCAAACAUUUGGUACUUUUAAGCUACAUAUUUUCUGUUUUGUUAAAUUUCCACUUUUCCCCAGAUAUUCAUGUUGUCCAUGGUUUUAACAAUCCUGAGAAAUAUCUCAACAUCUUUUGCAACUUUAGCACAGAUAUUCAUGCUUCUCAGAGGAUAAUUCACAUAAUGAUCCUCUGAUUUUUCUUCUAUUACCAACAAUGAGUCAAAAUUUAUGGCUUAGGGUGAAAUGUGUUGAUUAAUAUUAGAUGAAUGGUGUAAAAUAUGGUUCAGACAUUCAUGAUUUCCUCAGGGUGACUUGGAUUAAAUGGAACCAUAUUGGUGAUCCCUUAAUGUUUUAUUUAGCUCCAACAUUGGGUCAAAAUUCAUGUAAUCCUCGGAGCAUCAACGCAGCUUAGAGGCUCAGAUGUCAACUUGUGUGGUUCCUAGUAGCCGAGUGUUUGGGUGGAAACACUCUGAACUACAAGUCCAUGUAGUUCGUGAUCUUCUUGCUCUCUCUUUACUGUUACGAUAAAGUAAAGCUCCAAUAAAUGAUCUUUAAAAAAGUCCAUCUCCACGGCAGUGUCUCUCGUUCCUAAUAAACUCAUAAAAUCCUCCCAAAAA